GCCGAGAAGUUGGUGGAAAAAAAAUACCCGUGGAUAUUCUGGGUGGGUUGUACGAAGCAUGCCCUUGAUCUCGCGUUAGAGGACAUGGACAAGCGCAUUCCGUGGUUUGCGCAGACUGUGAAGAGGGAGAAUGUGUUGGGGAAGUUUGUGAUGAACCACGACAAGGUUCGAGCACUCUUCCUGACCAAAUCGGGUGGUGUGCAGAUUAAGAGGCCAGGCGUCACUCGAUUCGCGGCCAACAUCAUCAUGUUGCAGUCGCUAUGGCACAAGAGAAAUGCCCUGAAAUUGAUUGUGGCUACCAGCGGGCGGGUCUUAUCCCUAGUGCCGCCCCACCUGUGUUCCCAAUUCGAGGAGGUGAAAGUGACUAUCUUGGAUGGCGGCUUUUGGGAGCAGGUGGACAAGGCCUUGAGGACCACGAACCCCAUCGUAACGCUAUUGAAGCUCAUCGAUGCUCCAGGCGCAACAAUCGCCAAGGUUUAUCAUCGAAUGGAUGGUGUCGUGGAGUCGAUUCGCAAGCUGGACAUCUUGACAGACUUCGAGAAGGCAGAGGUCGAGAGGAGGACGAAGAUUAUGCCCACCCACCUAUCAAAGCUCGUCUACAACAAUUGGAAUCUCCACCUGCAGUGGAGGCAAGAGCACGACCGUGAUAUGGAUGAUGUCCACAUUCCGUGGGUGGAGGAAAUGUCGGACGCCGAGUUGAAGGAGGAGGCAGAGCAAUUCUACAAUGAUUGGGUGAAACGGGUGAAGAACAACAUGCCGAGUGGCGAGAAUGACGCAUCGGACGAGGAAGAAGAGUCGGAGGAUGACGACGAUGGCGAGGAAGUGCCUAUGGCAAGGAGGUGGUUGGGCAAUGACGAGGUGGACAAUGCAAUGGACCAGGAGGAGGCAAGAAAAGCAGCAAUGCGAGCCGAGAAGAAAAAGGCAGUGUUGGAAGCAUCGAGAAAAAAGAAAUCCGUCGGAAAGAAAAAAGCAGCAGCAAAAACAAGAAAGAGGGACAACAUCAUCGACGAUGACGGCACAAAAGCACGUUCAUCGUCUUCAACUUCAUCAGAGGAAGGGGAUGAUGAAGGUCAUGAUGCCAACGACAAAGAACUGCGGAGUGUAGAGGAGGGAACUGAGCACGAGGAGGAGGAAGAGGAAGGCGAGGAGGAAGAGGAAGGGGAUGGGGAAGAUGAAGGGGAGGAGAAAGAGGAAGGGGUUGCAGAGGAAGAGGGUGAGGCUUCUGCACGGGGAGGUGCAGAGGAUUAGGAAAUUUAGGCGGAGUUGAUGUCGUUGACUGCAAAGUUUGCGGUUUUGCG